AUAGAAUUAGCCAAAAGCAUCCAAUUUCCCUUGAUCAUCAUCCCUACCUACCCUGUUUCAGUCCUCUUGAUGAAAUUAAUGGAAGCUUUGAAAUUUUCCUCCGUUUCCCCCAUUAGAUAUUCUCAUCCUCGUCUUCCUUCGAUUCCUCACUCUCUCCCCUUUUCAUCUUCUACGUUUUUCCCUCUCCACAGCAAAUCAAUGGACUCUGUUUCGCUACCCAAUAGAUCAAUCUCAAACGAAUUGAACCGAAACUUCUCCGUUCUUUCCAGUUCUGGAUCAGGCGAUGGAGUUUCAUCGAUUCAAGAAGGAGAAUCGUUCUUUAGGGAUGUGUUAUCGAGGAUGGAAUCAGUUUAUCUAGACAGAAAUCCAACUGCAAAGGCGGUUUUGAAGCUAGUUCGGUCUACUGAUAAUGAUCGGAUUUGUUAUGAUCAUAUCGCGUUUAGAACAUUUGGGGUGAAUGGGUAUGGAAUUGGUUCUAUGGCUAAUUUCUUUAAGGAUUUUGGUUAUACCCAAAGAGAUGAAUUGAGGUUUCCGGCAAAGAAGCUGAAAGCUUACUGGUUUUCUCCGCCGGAAUCUUCUACCGGAGACAGCGGCGGUGGCGGUGGCGUUUAUGGUCCAUUGCCCAGGAUAUUUAUAUCUGAACUUCUUGUUGAUCAGAUGAGUUUACAGGCUCAGGAAAUAAUUGGGAAGUACACUAAAAACCCUGUUGUUGGGAACAAACAUGGAGUUCUGGCGAGUGCAAUCGGUUCUUUAACGUGGGAGAAACCUUCGCAUUCGGAGUUCAAACUGUUGGCUCGGGAAAGUGAAUAUGCUGCAUGGACUCUUGUCAAUGGUUAUGCAGUUAAUCAUGUCACUAUUUCGACUCAUCGGUUGAGCUCUGGAUUGCGGGAGAUCGCGAAUCUUAAUAAGUUUGUCGAGGAUAAUGGUUUCAAAUUGAAUUCGGAAGGUGGUAUUCUUAAGGUGAGCCCGGAUGGUCUUUUGUUGCAAAGCUCGACUGUUGCAGAUUCAAUAACUGUCCAAUUCUCCGAUGGUGUCGAGGAAACAGUUCCUUGUUCUUACAUUGAAUUUGCAGAGCGACUUAUCCUUCCGCAGUACAGGAACAUUCCAGCAAUCAAGGUUGGAGAAUUCCAUAGGAGAGAUGGGUUCGAAGUUGGAAACGCGGAUAAGAUCUUUGAGAGCACAUCCAUGGAUCAGCUUACCAGGAAGAAGUAAAAACAAACGCAAUUGCAAGCUUGCAAACAGAAUCAGUUUCUGAUUUCUUGUAUUUAUUUUCUGAAAAAAGACUUUCGGGUUGUCUCCCAAAUUACAAAUAAGUUGAUGAUAGUUUACCCGA